GAAAGCGGAAGAAUCUGUAGGAUGUUUGUAAACAUGACUGUGGAAGGCGAAGAAUGUGAAAUUUCCUGAGCCUGUACUGGACCAACUAAUCUAGAUCUAUCGUACCAGUAUUAUCAGGGUUUCUUUAUUUUUCAUAUUUACAGUUGACUGGAGAAACAACCCUACCAACAUUCAUAAUGUUUAUGUGUGACUGGAAGUUUUGAGUGAGCUUGAAAUGGAUCGGUACGAGAUCAUAAAACGUUUAGGAUUUGGUGCGCAUGGGGCUGUAUAUCUAGUCAAGCAGGUGUCUACCAAGAAGCUUUUUGCAUUGAAGAAAAUCGAGGUUGAUGAAAGGAAAAGAACAAGAACUAGGGAGGCAGUGCUGAAAGAAGCAAGCAUCUUGUCCCAGCUGAAGCACCCUCACAUCGUUUUGUUCCACGAAUCUUUUGUGGAUCCUACACUGGACUGUGUCUGUCUCAUUCUGGAUUACUGUGAUGGAGGGACCAUCUCAGAGAAGAUCCAAGAUGCCUCACAGAACUGUCUCAAUUUCUCGGAGAAGCAGAUCAUGCAGUGGUUCAUCCAAAUUGUGAUGGCUGUCCAGUACAUGCACUCUAAACACAUCCUACACAGAGAUCUCAAGGCAGAGAAUGUCUUUUUGAACAAGAGGAAUGUUGUCAAACUUGGUGAUUUUGGAAUCUCCAAAAUUCUGGACAACACAAUUGAUGUGGCCAAGACUGUUGUGGGCACACCAUCUUAUCUGAGCCCGGAGUUGUGCCAAGACAUUCCCUAUAAUUCCAAGUCAGACAUCUGGGCUGUGGGUUGUCUGCUGUAUGAGAUGUGCGCCCUCCGUCGCCCGUUCGAUGGACAGAGUCUCAUCGGGUUGUUCUUCAACAUCGUCAAAGCUGAUUAUCAGCCUCUCCCAGCAGAUGCACCUAAGGGAAUCCACGACCUCAUUGCUCAGAUAUUGGUCAAGACACCUGAGAACAGGCCCAGUGCAAGUGCAAUCUUGAAUGUUCCCUAUGUCAAAAGUCACCUGGCGUCUUUCAUCGCAGACACUGAAAGUAUUCGUGCCAUACGAAGUCGCAAAGAUAAUCAACUGUUUCCAGGGGCCCAGGGUGACCAAAAGAUCCUGACCCCCUCCCACAGCCCCAGACCUGUCCGGCGGCCGGUCAUCCAAGUCCAACCAGCAGGCCCAGGGAGAGUUCACAACUCUGUCCCCGCUCCCAGCCAGCCGCCUGGGAAUUUGGAGCCCAAAGCGAAGCCCCGGAAGCCAGAUGUGAGUCCGAGUCGAGAAGAAGAGGAGGCGGAGUAUUCUGAUGAUUUCGAUGACUCUUCUGCUAGUGAAGUUGAAGAAGAUGAGCCAGAACCUGGAGAAGGGGGAGAGGGCAAGAGUGAAGAUGACGCACAGUACGCUGAUGAUUUUGAGGAUUUCGACUCUGAUGAGGACCUGGAUGAGGUGGUCCUUCAGGCCCGAGAGGCCCAGGUGCUGGAGCCAGUGGACGAUUUCUUCCUGGAGGAUGAGGGGGAGGAUCAGCUGGGCCUGUCGCAGACACUGACCCAGUCACAGGUGUUCCGCAGUCAGAUUGGAGUUCUGAAGUCUCAGGUAUCAGAUAAGGGUGAUGCGGACUGUUGACAGCUGGCUCUCUGGAGUUUCUCUGCUUGUCAGUUUGGAUGCUCCACCCCACUCUGCUAAAAUUGGCCUUGACAGGCAGGGUCAAAGCAGCCACCUGGGGAGUUAACCUAUAUUAUCUAAAUUGGGUUGUUGAGAUGCAAAACAUUGACAAGCAAGUGACUGGAUGUUUGGAACGGAUGGGUAGAUGGGAUAAAAACACUUUUUGUUUUUUUCCUGCCCCAGACAGUCAGAUUGUCUUCUGUUUGUCUGGUCGGUUUCUGGAAUUUAUGUGAGUGAACAUUUGUUUUCAGUUGAUCAUUCCACACCAUUUUGCAAUUUUAUUUUGUCAGUUAUCAGCAUGUGGCUGGACUGUGAAAGUAGUAAUGAUUCUAGGUCUGGAGUGCUGAGUCAUCACCACUCUUUUUCUCCUUCCCCGUAAAGCCAAUAAUUUUUCAUUGCUGAGAUUUGAUUGUAUACCUUUUGGGAGGGGGGGGGGGGUCUUUUUUAUAGUGAAAAAAGACAUGUGUAUUGUGUACAAAAUCCUGUUUGUGCAUUUCUUACGGACCUCACUGUAUUUGUACCAAACAGAUGUGACUUUUUUUCUCUUAGUUUUAUUACAUGUGGAUAAUAUGAUGAGGAGAAGAUUCUACAGGUUAAGGUUCUUUUUUUUUUCUAUUGGAGAUGAAGAUCAAUUUCAAAAUGCGCCACUACUUAACAGAAAUCACAACUUUUCUUAAAUGUCGACUAUUUUUUAUUUUUUAAACUGGAAAGUGUCAAAUGGGGUGUAGACUCAAACAAAUGUUUUGUCAUUGUUGAAAUAUAUUUUUUCCUGUCUGGCAGGGUGAUUCUAUCAAAGUCUAACUGUCAAAGGUAAUGUUCAUGUUGUUUUUGUAAUUUCUUCUUGACCGGUUUGUACUGCACUCUGGUAUUUUCUGAUCUGAUACUUUGGAUGAGUUAAAGGAAA